AAUUAGUUUGUUAAGUGUUCUUCUAAUUAAAGCUUUUCUAUCAUUGUUGUCACUCGAGAGAUGAUUAUACUUUUAUCGGAAAUUGUCAAUGAUAUGAUUUAGUCUUUGAAGAAUUGAUUGAUUGUUGAAGUUUAGUAACAAUUAACUGUGAGAUUAUUUAUGAAUAAAAAGAGCCUUAAUAAAAAUUGAGAAAAGAAACUCUAAUCAUUGAAGAAGUUAUUUCUAUCAAGUGAACAUUUAAUUAGGUUGUUUAAUUGUUGCAAGAACAACAAUGAAACCCAAAUAUCGUUUUCUAAUCUCGGCUAUCGACGCACUUGGACACAUAAACUGUACUCUUGGAUUUGGUGAGAUUCUAGCCGAGGCUGGACAUGAAGUGACCUUCGUUCAGCGUAUUCAUCAUAAGAAACUUGCCGAUAAAAGAGGUUUCAAUUUUAUUCCGUUCGAUGAGUCGAUAUUUGAGAAUAUAAAACCAGGACCUUUUGUCGAUUGGGUUGCUAAUAACCUGGAAAAGUUUCGUGGUGAUGCUCUUGAACGAUACAAAGGUUGGACUGAUGAAGAUAAAGAGAUAUUCGCAUCUAUUGCUGGUGACUAUGAGAUAGUUAAUCAAGCAUUGGAAAAGGUUCUCGACGAACACAAGGAUUCGUUUGACGCUUUCAUCGGUGACUUUGUAACCCAAUAUCCAGCAUUGUUCCGAUCGCCGAUUCCAUAUAUUCCAUUAUUAUCAAUCAGUCCAGUGUGUCUUUAUCCUCAAGGUCCACCUCAGUUUUCCGGUUACCCUGAGAAAGUCGAUAGAGAAAAAGCUGAAGAGUUUGAACAGACUUAUGAAUCUGCUUGUUCCAAAUUCAUUGAAAAGUUAUAUGCUUGGUGGACUUCACAUGAAGUACCUUUACUUUCAAUCAAAAAUUUUUUCAUAGAUAAUCCGAAAUAUUUUGGUUUCUAUCAUUACCCAGAAGGUCUUGAUUACAAGGAAUGUGGACCUAAAGAGCCUGCGGAUAAAUGGUUUCGAAUUGAUGCUUCAAUCCGGAAGCCUGAUGAAGAAAGUGAAUUUGUCAUACCAGAAUCAAUCGCUUCUUUACCUGGAAAGUUAAUCUACUUUUCUCUUGGAUCAUUAGGAUCAGCUGAUGUCGAGUUAAUGAGACAAAUAAUUUCUUUACUCUCUAAACUACCACAUCGAUUCAUCGUGUCCAAAGGACCUAAAGGUGAUGAGAUUGAUUUACCACCAAACAUGUGGGGACAAAACUACGUCAAUCAAAUUGCGAUCAUAAAAGUCGUCGAUAUGGUCAUAACCCAUGGUGGAAAUAACACUUUCCUCGAGACAAUUUACUCCGGUAAACCCUUGAUUGUAAUUCCCUACUUUUUUGACCAGUUCGAUAAUGCUCAACGAGUGGUUGAUUGUGGUAUCGGAAGACGAUUAGAUACUUGGAAUUUAGACGAGAAAAUUGUUUCAAAUGCAAUUGAAGAAACACUGAAUGAUCAAGAGAUGACCAGGAAGAUUAAAGAAAUCGCUCUCUCCAUGAGAUCAACUAAAAGUCGUGAAAAAGCAGUUGAAAUGAUCGAAAACCUAAUAUCAGAUCUAAAGAACAACAAUUUAAUCACCCAUUAAAAACAACUCUUAGUUUAAAUUCAAAUAAAAUCAUCAGCAUGUUGUUGAUUUGAAAACAAUUAGGACUUUAAAAUUCAUCUGAGAAAAUCUUUCUAAAUAUAAUUGAAGAAACACUAAAUAACCAGAGAGAUGACCGAAACCGCUCUCUCCAUGAGAUUAAUUAUUUAUUGAAAAUCUAAUAUCAAGUCUAAAGAAUAACAAAUAAACCACCAGUUUCCAUUCACUUUUCAACUGAAAUCUCAAAGGCGUUUUCGAAAAUCUGAUUUCUAGUUAAUUGAUUAUUGGAACAAAAAGUAACCCUGAAAAUGAUUUAUCGUUGUAAUGAUUAACUCAAUAAAAUUUGAUAAAUUGUUGUUCAAUUAGUAAAUUCAUUA